AAAAGGAACGUUAUUGUAUGGGAUGAUGUUCUGAGUCCCUCCUGUCACAGUACAGUUGCUGGAACAAUUGUCCAUUAUUUCCAAGCAUUCUUGACUACUGCUACUAUAUAAAUCCAGAUGCUUGAGAAACCCAUUGCUGCUUUGGCCAGAGUUCCAUCAGCUGCCUCCCCAAGAGGAAACGUGCUCACUGUUUCAUCAGCCAAGCACAAUACCAUUUUGCACUGAUUAUUCCUUCAUCUCCACAUGGCCUUUCUACUGGUGUCAGCAUACCUUUUGCUGACUCGUGCCCAUGGUGCUCCAGUUGAGAAUGGAGCUCUCAUGGAGACGCUGAAGUCCCAAGUCAUCUUGUUCAGCAAUAAGAGUGAACACUAUUCAGCACAAGUGAGACCUCCUGGAACAAGCAGGCGAAUACCUCAGACGAUCAUCAUUGGAGUUCGUAAAGGAGGGACCAGGGCCUUACUUGAGAUGUUGGAUGUUCACCCGAACAUUGUAGUAGCAGCUACCGAAGUUCACUUUUUUGACUGGGAUGAGAAUUAUGUGAAAGGAAUAGACUGGUACAGAAGCCUGAUGCCAUUUUCAUAUGAAAAUCAAAUAACUAUUGAGAAAACACCAGGCUAUUUUACCUCGCCACAGGCUCCCGAAAGGAUUCAUGAUAUGAAUAGCUCUAUUAAACUGCUGCUUAUUCUAAGAGACCCCACAGAGAGAGUUAUCUCUGAUUAUACCCAAGUCUAUUACAAUAGACUGGAAAGCCACAAGCCUGUUCAGCUCUUUGAAGACAUUGUUAUUAAAAAUGGAGUGCUUAAUACCAAAUACAAGGCUAUCCAGAGAAGUCUGUAUGACAUUCAUAUGGAGAGGUGGCUUAAACAUUUCCACUUGGAUCAGAUUCACAUAGUAGAUGGAAAUACGUUGAUCAAGGACCCUCUUCCCGAAUUGCAAAAAGUGGAAAGAUUCCUUAAUCUGCCUUCCAGAAUCAUGUCUUCAAAUUUUUAUUUUAACCAGACCAAGGGGUUCUAUUGCAUUAGGAGUGAUGGAAGAGAGAGAUGUUUACAUGAAUCAAAAGGCCGCCCACAUCCUGUUGUGAACAGUACUGUUUUAGAACAACUUUACUCCUACUUCAAAGAGCACAAUGCAAAAUUUUACAGAAUGAUUAAUCAUUCUUUUGACUGGCAUUAA